CACCCCCCCACAAACUCUGUUCUCUCAUGCAAGCAGUAUGCACACACACCCAUUCUUUCUCUAUCUCAUCCAGGCAUUGCAUUGUAUUGUAUCCCAUUCAAUUGUCCCCAUCUUCCGUACCAUACCAAACCGCUCCCACCCAAGCUCGCUGGCCCACACACACACACGCACACACAUCCCAUUCAUUCCCACCACUGAGGGUCGGUCGGUCGCGGAGAAGAUUACAACCAUGUAUAUACACUAUCCUAACAAAUUAUCCCUUCAUAAUUACUGCCGGGCUUGAGCAUGUCCUCAUCCGCGGAUACCCUCCUCGUUUCUCCAUCCUUGUUUAUUCAGAGGCUCCGCUCCUUAUAGCACGAUGUUCUGAGUUGUCAAUGAAAACCAAGGGACAGUACUGAGAAGUGAAAGGGACAUUGAUAAAAAGAUGGCAUCAGAGAUGCAGGAGACUGCGGCAGUGACUUCACCAAGUCCUGUAACCAUCAAGAAGGAACCUUGCGACCCUCUUGACGAAGCUAUGGACUGUGAGGAAGGUCAAAGGUUAAAGGUCACUGAAGAUGGCCUGAGAGACGGAAAGGAGGAUGAGGAGCAGGAUAGGUCGCCAAGGGUCGGUGUGUUAGACCUCGCAGAACGGAAGCCCGAGCAGAUGAUCACGCUGAAGCAGCAUAUUAUGAUAGGACGGGCAGCUCUGCGUCGUGAAAGCGCCCUCGACGAGAAUGCGCAGAGAUCGGGGAGUGAGUCAGAGUCACGUGACGAUGCGCAGAGCAGGGAAGAAGGGAUGAGGGACGAGCUGCAUGAGCGAUUGCAGGAGGAAGCGAAGCAGAAUGGCCACACUGAGGAUAGUGACCUUUGUAAGACAAGGCGGGAACAGGACCUUGAAGAAACUCUGGCAGUAAAGGACCAGAAGCUAGAACAGUUAGUAGGUCAGUUGGGAACUUUAAGGGAACAGCUGUUAGCGCAGCAAGCAGAAGCAGCGGCACUUCAACGAAGCCAGGUCCAGAGGCAACAACGACAGAUGGAGCUUCAGCGGAUGCAGCAAGAUAUGUUACAACGACAACAGCAACAACUCAUGGAACAACAUCAUAAAAUAAACAUUCUCAUGCAGGCAUUACAGCAGCAGCAACAGCAGCCGCCCGGUUCUCCUGCACCCUCUUCGACGUCAGCAGCAGCUGCAGCCGCUUCAGCAGCAGCUUCUGCAGCUGGAGGUGGCUUUGUUCGUCUCAUCCCUGUAUACCCUACAGACUACGUCAGACCACCCGCCCCUAUUCUUGUCACAAGCCCCAACGGCCACAACGCCUCGCUGGGUCUCGCCUCGCAACCCAACGGCAAGCAGAUUCCGUCGCCGACGACACCGCUGGGUCAGGCCAAGCUUGCAACGUCGCCCAUCGGCUCGGGACAGAUCCCGGCCGUGUCGCCGCUGACAGGAAGCCCCAAAGGCCUCCUGACAAUCCCACAUGCUUCCUUCCCUCCGACUGGGUUCCCGACCAUGCCACGAGGGAGCCCUACUGGUAUGCACGCCUAUCAUGAGAUGACGCCAGAGCAACCUCUCAAUCUAUCUCAGAAAGGAUCAUCAUCGGAUUCUAAUAGGUCUGAUGGCUCUCCAGUUGGGUCACCUCUUACCCCUCCACCUACUCAGGUUUGCGUGAGAUCACGUCCAGUCACAAUAACGGAACCCCUGAAGAGAAGUCAGUCGUUAUCGCCGAAAGCCAGUUAUCAGAAGUACGCCACACACGAAGCAGAAGUUGUCAACAAUGCUUCGUCUCACGCCCAUGUGGAACUCACCAGACCUUCAGCUGGUUCUCUUGCCGAUGCUCUAAACCGCGUCAACGCAGAUGGCCACUAUGGGGACAAAUCACCAUCGGACAAGGAACAGAUAGCACUUGAUACACUCACAAACCAACUACCAAUCAGAUCCUACUCUUCUAGUGACAUCACAAUGGGAAAUACAAGUGGCAGUGAAGAUGAAGAUAUGUUGAGCAGAAAAGGAAUAGUGAUUGAUCUUACUGAAGAAGAUGAGAGACCGAAGAUCGAUAUCCAGGUUGAUCAUGCGGGAACGAUAGCUCGCAUGUAUCGGGAUUCGCGCAAGGCCGAAGCCAGCAAACCUCACAUCAAGCGACCGAUGAACGCAUUCAUGGUCUGGGCCAAAGAGGAAAGGAGAAAGAUCUUAGCCAGGCAUCCUGACAUGCACAACUCCAACAUCAGCAAAAUAUUGGGUUCCAAAUGGAAGACGAUGUCCAAUGCAGAGAAGCAACCCUACUACGAAGAACAGGCGAGACUAAGCAAGGCACAUCUUGAAAAAUACCCCGAUUACAAAUACAAGCCGCGCCCGAAGCGCACGUGCAUAAUCGACGGCAAGAAACUCAAGAUCGGCGAAUACAAGGCUCUCAUGCGAGCCAAGCGUCAGGAGGUACGACAUGUCUAUUACACGCGCGAUGGGGAGCAUAUGAUCAGGGCGCCCUCUAUCGCCACGACGCUGAACACACCGACGUUUCCGUUGCUGGAUUCAUCAGGCGGGUAUACGCUAGCUGGUAUCAGGCCUCCUACCAUGGUCGACACCUCGUCGUACGAAUCGGAAAAUGGAAUCUCGUCAGAUCGAUAGCGACCAUGCGUCCCAUUUUCGUUCAUUUUUUUUUACAAAUAAGUUUGUAAAAUGUAUGAUUUCUUUUUGUUUUUGUUCUGUUUUAUACUCUUGAUUAUUUUUAUCAAAUGUUUCUAAUAGACUUCAAUGCUGCUUAAGAAUGUCCUGUGAAUGUACACGCAUUCCGCCUACCUUACAUCAAGGCGGAACAUGCAUAUUCAACAAAGAAAUUUCACAGCAAAGCGAAGCGUUAACGGAUAGGUCAGCUCAGUAAAUAUAAAUGGACUGUUGCCUCUUAUGUACUGUUCUAAUAUUUUGAAUUGUGGCUAUUGGAGUAGUAUAAGAGAUUGGCAGUGUAUAGCAGCUUGUAGUCUAUUAUGAACUUGAUCAUGUGACCACCCACCUGACAUACAUCACCUGACAAGAACGCAUAGAAUGUGUUCACAUAUACUAUUUAUGAUAGAAAGGAGAUGAAUUAUUUAUUUCUUGCAGCUAUUUUUUGACAUAUUUAUCUGUAUUAUCCAGCUUAGUGCGUGUCAAAUAUAAGGAGAAAUAUCAUGAAAGCAGUGCUAUCCUCAAAGAAUAAAUGACUGAUCAUCCGAACGCAUGUUUGCCGACUGGUCAUUAUUUUUCAAUAACGUUACAAUUCUUGUUUAGAAUGUUUUCAAAAUCGUUUGUAUUUCUUUCUUAUAAUUGACUUGAACUACGCAAUAGUUCUUAAAUGAUAAUUGGAACAGGACUUCCUUGUAUUAAAUAUGUUUGUAUCGUUGUAAAUACUGUAGUUGUGAAUGCUCAAAUUUUUUUUAUUUGGGUUGUAUUUGUACAAAAAUUCUAAAAUACAGUCGAAAAAAAAAAGAUAAAAAAAGGAAGAGGAACUACUGUGACAAAACAAGUAAGACGUGCAAGAAUUACGUUUGCAACUGAAUCGACGCAAAUCAAGUGAUCAGCUGUAAGAUUAAGAUAAUGAGGAUAAUGAUGGGAGUAUAGAUUAUCAUGACGGCUUUUUAUACCAUACCUCAUACGUUUCAUGUGGUUUUAAACGGUGUGAUAUUUGUGACUAUUGCAUGGUGUAACGCAUAAUAUAUAGUGUGAUUGGACGUGUCUAUGGACUAGAUAGUAGAAAUGCAUAUUUGUGUCAGUGCUAGUGUUAGACUGAAGAAUUAUAAGAGAGCAUGGUGAUAUUAGAAAUAUAUAUAAAUAUAAAUAUAUCUAUCAUGAGUGGACACAGUGACAGUUGUCUUAAUAGUAUUGAUGAAUAUGUAUGAGCUAGAAUGACGAAUUGUGGAUUGUGAUUAUACACAUCAUGAAUUAUGCAUUAGUUGUCAUGAAUUAUUUAUGAGGCCUCCAACCAUGCUGUUCGUGUAUUGGAAUACCACGAUCUUCUUUUUCGGCCCGUUAUGUACGUGUAGAUCUCGUUAGCCUGGUGACACUUUUUCUCAAACAAAUUUAGUUUCCAUUUUUGAGAAAAUUGAACUUUUUAUGCUCGAUUUUUCACCUUGAUUCUUUAGUAUGAGUUUGUGACUCUUGUACAUAUAGUAUUUACCAUUUUUAUAGUACACUAUUUAGGCUGUAUUUUUGGUAUUUCAUAUAAUUUAUAUAUUUACACAUGGAAAUGACCUGUAUUAGAUUCCCAAACUCUUUAUCAUGCUACAUAUUACAGUGUGUAAGCAUGAUCAGUCCCAUAGCAUUAUUUUGGCGUCGUUUUAUUUGCCCCAUCCCUAAUCUUGCCUGCUCGUGUUUUGCAGUAUUUUUGUAUUGUAUUCACCCAUGGUUGUAUUCAUUUCUGUUGACCCUGAUUUUUUUAUUACUUUACCUCCCCCCUAACGCCAGUAUCAUUUCAAUCUUCAUAAUCCAGACUCACAUCAAUUUCUCACUUUUUCCCCCCUUUUUUAUACAUAUUUUUUUCAGUGUUGAAAAAAAAAGUGUGAAUAAUUUUCAUUUUCUUGUAAAUGACACAAAAAUGCAUUAUGGGAGAUAUGAGACCCUUUUACUUUCAGCUAUUUAAGGGAAAUCAUUGUACAUCCUCAAAUUGGCAAUAUAAUGUGUGAAUCGAUGUUGUGGUGUUAACAAUGUGCUUCUGUCUAUUGGAAUGUGUGGAGAAAGUGUUAGUGUCAAAAUGAUAAUCUUGCAUUCGAUAAUCUAUGUGUAAUAUACAUGGACAUGUGACAUAAAUGCAAAUAUUAGUCUUAGAUACUAGUAGUGUAACGUACUGUAGUAAAACUCAGAACUGUAGAUUGUACACUGUAAGAUCUUUGGUGUUAAGCACAACACCAGAUAGUGUCAUGAGAGGGCUACAUCCUUUGCUGUUAAAAAUACACCAAUGAAAUUGAACAUAACACCAAAUUAUACCAGAACACCAAAAAGAUUGAAUGUGUUAUUAUAUGUUACGCCAAUAGGAGUUCAACUAACACCAUGAAUUUAACACUGGUGUAAAGUGUUUGGUGUGGUCCUUUCUGAACACUGACUGGUUUAGUGUUAACACCAUGGUUUUUGCAAAGUGUGUCUGUGCUUGAUCGUCCUAACCCUAGCAUUUUCUGUGGAUUAUGUGGCGUAGAAAUAUCUUAUUCUGUCUUGCCCGUGUCGUCAUGGAAAUGUAGGUCGUGAGGUCGUUGUUAUAGCAACCCUUCCAACGUCGUUUUCUACAAAAUGCCUCAUUGAAAAAAAAAUCAAAGCUAUAAUUAAAUUCCUAUUUUCCUAGUUAUGUUUAUGCAGAAUGAUUGAGGGGGUGGAUUAUUAAAAAAGUGUAAAAAUAACAAUUCAGUUUUUCAUUAUUAUUGAAGUAUUAGAACAUUUCAAGUUUUAUAAUGAGAAUUAUUCCAAUAUUCCCAGCCCCAUUUUUGCACAUAUUGGAUUAUUUUUCUUUGAGCAGGGUUAUGAAAUAAUCUUAAUCAAUUUUUUGUACUUUUUUUGGCCCUUGUUUGAAACCACAUUUUUGAAGAAAAACAAAUUUUACCUACAUUUCUUGAACAGUAUUGCAGUCUGCUCCAGCAACAA